AUGGGGGGUCUCCGGGCGACCACAAGGCGUCCCGCCAAUCUGGCCAAGAUUAGUGGUGUUCAGCAAGGGAGGGCAGAAUCACCCGCAUUCCUAGAAAGGAUCCUUGAGGCAUUCCGUGCCUAUACUCCAAUGGACCCGGAAGCACCCGAGAAUAAGAAUGCAGUGAUCCUGGCAUUCGUGAACCAGUCUGCACCCAAUAUUAGGUGCAAAUUGCAGAAAUUGGACAGACUGGAAGAUAAAACCCUGCCAGAGCUUCUGGCAGUGGCUGAGAAAGUCUACAAUCAUCGAGAGAGUCCUGAGGACAAGCAUGCCCAGGUUGCUGCUGCUGCCAGUGCCAAGCAGACCCACGACUUUGCCAAGAUCCUCCUGGCCACAUCGACCAGGUCCCCAGGUGAAAGAGAAUGCCAGUUGCAACGCCUAUCUGCUGAACAAGGUAGGAGAUGCCCAGAAGGGCAACCAAAAUUGUUGAAAAACCAAUGCGCCUAUUGUAAGAAAAUGGGCCACUGGAAGAAGGAAUGUCCAGAAAGAGCGGCCAGGCAGGAGCGGAUCCAUGAAGGAACACGAGUCCUGGAGCUUGGGGAAUGGAGCAAAUACGGAGGAGGGGGUUCAGAUCCCCUCCCCAAGCCCAGGUCAGUGUUAACAGAGACCCUAGGGAAAUUGUCAAACAAAAGGUCUUGGGCACAGGGAGCGACUGGCAUGAACCAAUAUUCACGGACCACCCAAAGGAAAGUGGACUUAGGCACGGGCCGGGUGUCCCACUCCUUCCUAGUCAUGCCAGAUUGCCCCUACCCACUCUUAGGUAGAGACUUGCUUACCAAAAUUGGAGCCCACAUCCAUUUUUCACCUAAUGGGGUUCAUUUAAUAGAUAAAGGAGGCCACCCCAUUCAGGUACUGACCUUGCAACUGGAAGACGAGUAUCGACUACACCAAAAACUGGACCCCCAGCCAAUGGAGGAGAUUUCUGUUUGGCUGCAGGAAUUUCCUCUGGCCUGGGCCGAGACCAGAGGGAUGGGGCUGGCAGCCCACCGGCCACCCAUCUGGGUGGAGCUGAAACCAGGAGCCUUUCCAGCUCAGGUGAAGCAGUAUCCCAUGUCCCAUGAAGCCAGAUCAGGGGUUACCCCACACAUCCGGAGGCGAAGAGACCAGGGCAUCCUAUUACCCUGCAGAUCUGCAUGGAAUACACCUCUCCUCCCAGUAAAGAAGCCAAACUCAAACAAUUACCGGCCAGUACAGGAUCUGAGAGAAGUAAAUAAGCGGGUCAUGGAUAUCUAUCCCACAGUGCCUAAUCCCUAUGCCCUCCUGAGCUCCUUGCCACCCUCCAGGAGCUGGUAUACUGUACUAGAUUUAAAAGGCACCUUCUUUAGCCUGCCCCUAGCCAAGGACAGUCAGCCAUUCUUUGCCUUCGAAUGGCAAGAUCCAGAGGUCAGUUUCAAUGGACAACUGACCUGGACUCGCCUGCCUCAGGGAUUCAAGAACUCGCCCACUCUCUUUGAUGAGGCACUUCAUGAAGAUCUGGGUGAGUACAGGCUGGAACACCCCCAACUCACCCUA